CUCGCGCCUCCUCUUGUUUACCAUUAGCUUCCUACCUUUGCGUUCCUCUGCUAUGGAGCAUACUCUCCUCUGCCAUCUCGCCCGCUCACGGAAGGCUGAUGUUGCAAGCAACUGGGGAAUCACCUCGCCAGGAACCCACCAGUGACAAGAAUCCAUCUCCAACGAAGACAAGAUUUGGAACGAUGAACCAGAGAGGAUGCGGGGAAGAUCCAGACUGUAGAUUAUUAUUGAAUUUAGUUUGUGGUUGGGUGGGCCUCAAAGCAAUCGGGUGGCUGGUGGCGGAUUCGAGAGCUGAGGGAGAGAGUGGAGGAACGCUGAGAUCUACAGAGAUUUCACACGAUGAGGCUGGCAGUGGAGAGUUGAUUAAUACGCCGUUGUUGGGGGUGGUCUGGGUAACACCAAGGGAAUGGUGUUCCAAGGAGAGUCGUUGUGCCUGUAAUUAGUGAGGUUUGCCUCAUCAUCCCUCAUUUGUGUCUUUCAUUCUAUUUGUUUUUGCCAAAAUCCACCGGUUUAAUGGUUGUAUUUGUUGUUGCCUUUAGCACAUAAUCUCUGAUCGAUUGUCAAGCUUGAUGGCCUCCACGGGAACCAAUAUAUCUCUGCAUUUUCAAACUCCAUUGUUCAUUUUUUCAGAAAGUAAAUGCCUUUCCUCAAUCUCGACACAGAUCAGUUCCUGCAUUUUUUCACUCGAGUUUCUCUUAUUUGAGCUUUCAAAUGCUUUGUUGUUUGGUUGUGUAGCGCUCGAGUUGAGAGCUUCCAGCAACCCAGGGGAUUGAUUCGACUCCAGCGAGAUAGUGUGGUGGCUUUUAGUGGAUUUAGAGGAGAGGCAGAUAACAACCAUGGCAGGUUGUGUUUAUUUGUUUGUCUUUUUCAUAUAUGGGUGGGGUUAAUUGCAUGGUUGGUCACUGAGAUUACAAAAAAUGUUCAAGUUUGGUCACUCGAAAUAUUUAAAUCCAUUGAUGGUACUUCAGUUUACUAAAAUCGUUCAAGUUUGGUCACUCUCCGUCCAACUCCGUUAACUUUUGCUGAUGUGGCAGUCAACUCUCAAAGUUGACCGUUAACUUAGUGACGUGGCAUUUAAAAAAUAAUAAAUAAAAUAAAAUUUAAUAUAUUUUAAUGUCCAACUCAUUUUUACCAUAAAAUAAAUAAAUAAAAUAAAAUAAACAUUAUUAUAAUUAUCAAAUUGAAGGGCACUUCCUCCUCAUCAGAUCAGCGACGCCUUCCCCCAUUAUGUAAAGUGCAGAUCAGGGAGCUGCAGAUAACAAAACAGAGGAGAAGGGAGACCUGCCUAGAAGCAAAAACAGAGUGGUAACCCUGGCCAAAUAUUGUUCUUCUCUGCUGCUCCUCGGUUUGAGUUUGAGCGCGCUUCUGGUAGUGGCUUUUGGUGCUGGUGAUGGGGAAACUAAGAUCGGGAGUUAUGAGCUCAAGAAAGAGGGAAGAUGUCUCUCAAGGUCACCAACUAUGGCGCCCAUAUGAUGUCUUUUAUCGUCCUAGACAAAUACGGUUAGCUACCCAACAUCUCUGAUUUUGAUAUCUUCUUGUACAUCUUUCAUGGCUACUUCUUUCCUACUUAGUUUGUGUGUACGUUUUCCUUGAAUCGAAAUCUGGGUUUGCUUGCAAAGAAGAUGAAUGAUGUAAUUCUUGGAUAUGACAUUGCUGAGUCUUACAAGGUGAGAUCCAUCGCCUAGCUAUGAUUCAUUUUAGUUCUUCAAUUUUCACUUUUCACCGUAAUCUUCCAAUCCUGAUCCACACCACCUUCAUUCAUGUCAUAGUAAAUGAUCAUCACUUUCUCUGUCUCUCCCCCCACUCUCUGAUGAGAAACACAGUGGCAGGGGGCAAUGUUUACGGCUCAUCUUUUGCAGAGAAAAAAAGUAUCUUUUUUGUCCGUUUACAGCUCAAAUUAUAUAAAGUGCAGAUCAGGGAACAUAGGUUGAGGAGAGAAGUUGCUAAGGGCUAUGCCGCCUAAGAGUUUCCCAGUGGCGGAGGAUGCUAUCCAAACUAGUUCAGAAAACUGGGGGAUAAAAAACAACUAGGGCAGUAUUCCAUUUCUUGAUAAAGGAGAAAAAACGAUGAUUACCUGAAGAGUGAAGUGGAGAAGGAAGGAGGGAGCUUACUGCUGUGGGAUGAUUACCUGAAAAAAACAACUCGGCCAGUAUUCGCUUUUUGUUGUAAUCCCGGGUCUCCUGGCGCCACUGUUGGGCUGGCUUGGGAGCUCCGACGAGGAGGAAGCGCCCCCUUUCAAUUUGAUAAUUAUUAUAAUUUUUUAUUUUAUUUUAUUUAUUUAUUUUAUGGUAAAAAUGAGUUGGACAUUAAAAUAUAUUAAAUUUUAUUUUAUUUAUUAUUUUUUUAAAUGCCACGUCACUAAGUUAACGGUCAAUUUUGAGAGUUGACUGCCACAUCAGCAAAAGUUAACGGAGUUGGACGAAGAGUGACCAAACUUGAACGGUUUCAGUAAACUAAAGUACCGUCAAUGGAUUUAAAUAUUUCGAGUGACCAAACUUGAACAUUUUUUGUAAUUUCAGUGACCAACCAUGCAAUUAACCCAUAUAUGGGUCAAUAGCUAUCUUUCACCUCCGGGAGGAUUUCUUUCAUCAUUUGGGAUAUUUUUCAUUCAAGAUUUUACUCUGUUGCAUACAAGAAUUCUGGGAUGGACGAUCUGCCAUCAAUGUUGUCUUUGGAUGAAUCAAAUGGUUAGUACAUUAUAAUCUUUCUGAUCUUUUUUGGUCCGUGAAAUUGCUCACUGACAUAUUUAGAAACAGAGAACCUUGAGAAUAACUCCAAAUUUUUUGUUCCAUUUUUCAUCAAGGGUUGGAGCAGCAUUCCAAGGACCACCAUGAGCAAUCAUGCAAGCAUUGUUGCUAAAUAAACACAAGGCUGAUCGAUCUAAUUCAAUUUUUCAAUGUUGCUGCGAGGGUUGCAGGUGAGGCCCGGCUAUGCUAAGGCUAUUUUCUUUGUGAGCAUUAAUCUUUUUUUUUUUUACAAAAGAUAAUCUUCAUUGAUUGAAACAAAAGAUAGUUACACCCUGGAGAGCAGCCAGGCCUGGAAAUCAAAGAAACGACUAGCAGUCGGGUACAAAGAGAGGGUCUUUCGAGCCACCAAGUGGGCUACCCUGUUACUACGCCGACCUACAAAUCGAACAUUAAACCCUGAGCGAGUCGCCAAGUGGUGAAUAAUUUCAGCAAGAAUAGAACCAAUUCAACUAUCACUAGCAUCCUCAUGGUUGAUUUAGUCAAUAAUGACCUUCGCAUCGCCCUCAAAACCUACCUCCGUGAUACCCCGAUUCAGGCACCACAUGAUAGCUUCCCGGAGUACCAACACCUCUACUACCAUGGGAUCAUCGACGACCGAAACUGAAACCCAUCAGCCAUUAGGAUCACUCUAUCAGAAGACAUAAUUAUCAUCCCCCCAGCUGAGUGGGAUCCCUUCCUCUUAGUCUCGUCCCACAUACAAACCAGCUUAUCAGCCUCCACCAGCGCCGGCUGAUGUGUGGGGUGGGGGGUGCAAGAGGAGCGAGAGUUCUGAUCCACUGGCAGCCCAACCCAUUCCUCAUACUAUUGGUUGUACUGACGCAUCAGAGCAGGGAUCCCAAACUGCUUACCCUCAAAGACAACCCAGUUAUGAGAGCGCCAGAUUCUCCAAAGGACAGCAACAACCGCCAUGAGUACGGAUGGCUGAUCUAGUAGAGACAUUAACCGCUUAAGAAAAAGGGGAAAAGUGU